CAUAGUCACGGGCAGAGGGCAAAGCGGCGAGCAGCAGAGAGGCAUCGCCCUAGAUAACGGUAGAAUCGUGGGCUGGUGUCGUGCUGCUUUUCGCGAAAGUGCUUGAAAACCGAGAGGAACGUAUCGAGAUCGUUCACGAGGAGUAAAACCGUCGUCUGAACUGAGGUUGUUUUUUCGUGGUGUGUGAACAGCCGCCUCGAGCCAGUGAGUAUCGGCUCUUCGAGGCGACCGAACGAGAGGACCGUGCCCCGAGGAGCUUUGGUGCACCCGCGCCGCGCGAGACUUUCGACCAGUGCGGAAUUUCUCAGCCAGUGACACGUUCGUUUCGUUUUUAACUUUGUUUCGUGUCUCCAUAUUACUCGGCACCAGUCCACGGAUUCUCCCCGGUUGCUUUCGAUGUGUUCGCUACGCCGACGGGACGACGAACCGAGCAGCACAGGAGUAGGAAGCGAGUAAUCGCCGGAGAAUCUCUGUAGAUUGGGAUAUAGUGGGCCGUGAACAAGGACGGAGAACGGGCGAGAGAGGGAGACGGAGACAGUGUACGAAGGAGUGCGCGAGGAAGAAAGAGAGGGACGAAUAGAGUGCGACAGAGGGCCAUUAGAUUCGAGGGGUACACGGGUGUACAUACGUCGAGUACGCUGAGCAGAUUCAACGAAUAUUUUGAAGGCACAAGAGAAGUGGCGUUGCGUGAAUUACCAAGAAGAGGGCGCAAGGUUGAGCGACGGUGCUCGACUCGAAUAUUCUACUACUGGUGGUUCAUCGAUUGCGUUCUCCUGGAUUUCCUCACGCAGGUCUGCUCUAACUGAAAGCAAAGAGGAGCAAAACGUGGCGGAUUCGGUGACCCCUCGGCUGUGACCAGAGGCGCACAGGGAAUUAGGGCAAGGAAAUGCGUGAAUAUAAAAUAGUGGUGUUGGGCAGUGGAGGUGUAGGCAAGUCCGCCCUCACUGUCCAGUUCGUGCAAGGAAUCUUCGUGGAGAAGUACGAUCCGACGAUCGAGGACAGCUACCGCAAACAGGUCGAGGUCGACGGUCAACAAUGUAUGUUAGAAAUCCUAGACACAGCCGGAACGGAACAAUUCACAGCCAUGAGGGACCUUUACAUGAAAAACGGCCAGGGAUUUGUAUUAGUGUACUCGAUAACGGCGCAGUCGACGUUCAACGACCUGCAGGACCUCAGGGAGCAGAUCCUGCGGGUAAAGGACACAGAUGACGUGCCGAUGGUGCUGGUGGGCAACAAGUGCGACUUGGAGGACGAGAGGGUAGUGGGCAAAGACCAGGGCGUCAACCUUGCCCGGCAAUUUAACUGCGCGUUCAUGGAGACCUCUGCCAAAGCCAAAAUUAAUGUUAAUGAUAUCUUCUACGACCUGGUGCGACAAAUCAACAAAAAGUCGCCAGAGAAGAAGAUGAAGCAGAAAAAGAAAUCGCUGUGCCUACUUCUGUAAGGUAGAUCUAGCAGAAGCCCGUACUCUCCUGCAUGAAUAAAUUCACAAAAACAAAAAAGCAAAAAAAAGGGGGAAAAUCAAGCAACACCAACCAGCAACAGAUCCGGAUUCAACCAGCGGAUGAUAAUACAGAGGUUCAGGCGAUCACGAAGAAAACUAAACCUAGUUGACAAGGAGGGGGCUGACGGUGUCACAAAUAAAUAGACGAAGAGGGGCAAGACACGGGGAACACGCAAGGAGUCGUUAGAACACCGAGAAGGAGAAGAGAAAGUAAUAGGAAGAAGGUGACAACGAGAGACAGGGGCGAGAGAGUGUGAGAGAGGGAGAGAAAGUUAAGAAGAAGGUUGGAGAGAAUAAAACAGAGAGAGAAAGAGGGGGGGAUGAAAACAGCGAGUAAAAAAUUUAAAAAAGAAUUAAAAAAAAAAAAAAACUAAUAAUGUUGUAUAUACGUUGGUCCCGGGGUGGUUCGUGUGCACGCGCAAAAUACAGAGGCGCACAAAAAGUUUUUAGUGUUAACGAGACCCCGUGGCGUCGGUUAUCAUUGUAGUAGGAGUUUUGCAUUAAAGAAAAAACAAGAGGAGGAAGAGGAGAAGAUGGCAGGAAGAAGAAUAAGUGGGGAUAAAGAAAAAGAUAUGAUUAAUUAAUGAUAAUAUAUAGAUAUAUAUGUAUAUAUAUAUGAAAAUAUUUAAA